UAAAUACUUGGACUUCUUCUCUUCCCUCCAUCCUCUUCUCGUAUCCACAAUCUUAACUUCCAUCUCUCAAUUCAAUACUCAAUUCAAUACUCAAAAUGUCUACUAAGGGUUUCAAGUCUGGCGACGCCUUCCCCAAGGACGUGGUGUUCUCUUACAUCCCCUGGUCUGAGGAGGCUGGCGAGAUCACCUCUUGCGGUAUCCCCAUCAACUACUACGCCUCCAAGGAGUGGGCUAACAAGAAGGUCAUCCUCUUCGCUCUUCCCGGUGCUUUCACUCCCGUCUGCUCCGCCAACCACGUCCCCGAGUACAUCCAGAAGCUCCCCGAGCUGCGCGCCAAGGGUGUCGACCAGGUCGCUGUCCUCGCCUACAACGAUGCCUACGUCAUGAGCGCCUGGGGCAAGGCCAACGGUGUCACCGGAGAUGAUAUUCUCUUCCUUUCCGACCCCGAGGCCAAGUUCUCCAAGAGCAUCGGCUGGGCUGACGAGGAGGGCCGCACCUACCGCUACGUGAUCAUCAUCGACCACGGUAAGGUCACCUACGCCGCCAAGGAGGCCGCCAAGAACAGCCUUGAGCUCUCCAGCGCCGACUCUGUCCUCAAGCAGCUGUAAAUUCACUCCUGAAAAAUAGAUUUGGGUAAAUGGGCUGGCGCAUUGUUUCAUGGGUAUUGGGGAGUCAGACUGCGGUAUUUGUGUUUUGCAAAUAUCCAGCACUGUUUCUCCCCUCUGCUUUCUGCGGUUUUCCGAAUUUUUAGAUCGCCCUGUUGCUUGCUCUGUUACCUGAAGAGUGAAAUACUUUAAUGAAGCCACGAGUUCAUUCUUUCUA